GUGCAGCACCCGAGCUGCCAGUGCAGUCGUCCGCUGGGCUAGGCAGCGGGUUUUCAGUCGUGCGCGGCAGCAUGGCCAGGCCGGUGCAGCUGGCGCCGGGCUCGCUGGCGCUAGUUCUGUGCCGGCUUGAGGCGCAGGAGGAAGCGGGGACUGCGGAGGAGCCGGGUGGGCGCGCGGUGUUCCGUGCCUUCCGCCGAGCCAACGCGCGCUGCUUCUGGAACGCGAGGCUGGCGCGCGCCGCCUCGCGGCUGGCCUUCCUGGGCUGGCUACGGCGCGGAGUGUUGCUGGUGCAUGCACCCCCCUCCAGCCUGCAGGUGCUGCGCGAUGCCUGGCGUCGCCGAGCGCUGCGCCCACCUCGAGGCUUCCACAUCAGGGCGGUGGGUGAUGUCUUUCCAGUGCAAAUGAAUCCAAUAGUUCAGUCUCAGUUUGUACCAUUGGCUGAAGUUCUUUGCUGUGCUAUAUCUGAUAUGAAUGCUGCGCAGAUCUUAGUAACACAGGAAUCACUUUUGGAGCGUUUGAGGAAACAUCAUCCAGGGAUUGCAAUUCCAUCUCAAGAUGUUCUCUAUACCACUCUGGGAACUCUGAUUAAAGAAAGGAAGAUUUAUCACACUGGAGAAGGAUAUUUCAUAGUUACUCCUGAGACUUACUUCAUCACAAAUGCAACAGCUCAGGAAAAUAAGAGAGUCCUCCUAUCAGAUGAAAGUCACCUAGUGUCCACUUCUGUGACCUAUCUGGUGAGCAUGGAGAACGGUGCAGAGUCCACCAAAGAGAAUGUUGUCCCUGUUUCCCAUUGUCGGUCUUGCCAGUGUUUCCCUGACACAUGCAGUCAGGGUGUUGAGGAACCACCAACUGCUGCAGAUAUGAUUAGAAAAGACCAGAAAGGUCUUGGGGAAUCCACGCCUUUUGUUCAGAAUCAGACAAUUUCAGCACCUGAAGAGAAUCAUAUCCGUGAGAGCCCUAAACUUUUACCAUACAAAGACAAAGAAAAAGGCAAGAAAUUUGGCUUUAGUGUUUUGUGGCGCAGCAUAUCUAGAAAGGAAAAGCCCAAAACAGAGCAUAGCAGUUUCUCUGCCCAGUUCCCACCUGAAGAAUGGCCUGUCCGAGAUGAGGAUAACUUGGACAAUAUCCCACGAGACAUAGAACAUGAAAUAAUCAAGAGAAUUAAUCCCAUUCUGACUGUUGACAACUUAAUCAAACAUACAGUCCUAAUGCAAAAAUGCGAAGAACAGAAAAAAUAUAAUAGCCAGGGCACUUCCACUGACAUGCUGACAGCCAGGCUUAAGUAUCCUUCCAAAGAGGGAGUUAAGAAAAGGCCCAGUCAGUCUGUCAAAAAGACUCGCAGGCGGGGCCAUUCUCAUAGGCAGAGACACAAAGUCCGGAGUUGGGGGAGUGAUCUUCAGCCAGGAAGUGUUAGACUGGAGAGGUACCCCAAGCUUCCUGCCACCCAGCCUGGCCCCAGAAUUAAAAGCCCCAAUGAAGUGAAAGUUCAGAAAUCACUUGGUGAAAAUCCAACAGUGCUAGUUUCCCACAUGAUUUACAAGAAGCGAAUCAGUAAUCCUUUCCAGGGCUUGUCUCUCCGAAGAAGCCCAAUGACCAAAGGGUACAACACUCAAAAGAGCAAUGGUCUAAAACCCCAUCAGAUUGGACCAAAGGAAAAGCCUUUCCAAAAGUCGAGGCUUUCAGAUUCCUCAAGAAUCUCUGAUGGUGAAGCCCAACAGCCAUAUCCUGAACAAUGUCAUGAUAAACUGAAAGCAGAAUCCAUUUAUGUGACAAAUUCUACUGUCCAAUCUGUCAGUGAUGACUUCAGAGCUGACCUCUUAAAUUCCCUUCAAUGUAGUGUUUUGCAAAAUGACAGUCAAUGCUACUCCUUUAGGGAAAGCAUGUUGAGAUAUGAUGCGCAUGGUGGUGAAAAUAAAGUAAUCUCUGAAGUCUUGGGAAAAAGUCAUUCACACUCUGACAAGUUAGGGGAGACCAAAGAAACAUGGCAUAUCCUGCCAUCACGAGGUUCCUCCUCAGCAGGACCAACAUCCUCUGCUAGUAGAUUAGUUGAUAAAACAAUACACCAGUUUCAAAACCUUGGCCUCUUGGAUUACUCAUUUGGUCCAAACUAUUUGAGACAAUCUGAGACACAAGAUAGAGAUUCAGAAUAUCUAAUGAGAAAGGCAUUUGUCCAGGAGGCAAAGACUGCAAAUCUAGAAAAUGAAGGGCUUUUUGAUGAUGACCAGGACUUGUAUCAGGACGAAGUGGAGGAUCAUGAUGGGGCUUGCAGUUCAUUAUAUCUAGAGGAGGAUGACUUUCCUGAGAAUGAUGGCUUGUGUCAAAUGCUACCUGGCCGCACUCAAUAUUCCUUUUUAGAUAGAAGCAAGUGGAAUCAGUUGGAAAGACGACAAGUGACUGAGAGAUCGCUGACUGAGCGUAACAGCAAAAUGGAUAGGUUUGAGCUUCAGGCACAUAGAAGAAAUGAAUGGUAUAAGCCUACUGGGUUGCUUAUAAACCCAGAUGAAAGACAAAACCAGAAUCUCUCUGCUGAAAUCCAUACCCAGUUUGAUUUCAACAAUGAAGAAGAACCCAGUGUUACUAAAUAUGAACAGGCCUCACCACCACCUGCAGCUGGAAGUUUAUUUGAUUACUAUAGUACAAGGAAACCCAAUAUUGAGGCUGAAAUCCUACAAGACUCUGUUGGUGACACAGUAAAGAAAUCAGUGAGCCAGAGUCCUCAGAAUCAGGAAAUGGGAAAACAUUUCCCACAAAAGUUAGAACUUUUCGAUGCUUCACAUAUACCAGUAUUGGCUCAGGAUAUCCAGCAUGAACACCGUCUCUUGGAAGGAACAGAAAACCAUAGCAUGGCCGGAGAUAGUGGAAUAGAUUCUCCACGGACACAGAGCCUGGCAUCUAAUAAUUCAGUCAUUUUGAAUGGACUUAAGAGAAGACAGAAUUAUCUGCAGAACGUUGAAAGCACAAAGAGAAGUCAAGCACUCACAUCCAGUUCCUUACUACAACUAACUCCAGUCAUAAAUGUUUAAUUUUCUUUUGGAGAAAAUUUUUUGUAAAAAUGUACAGAAGGAUUCUAUAGAAUCAAUCAAUCAAAUGAAUAUGUAAAAUUCCUCUAAAACCAAGCAUAUGUACUAUUAACCUCAUAAUUAUAUAUUUUGUCCAAUAUUUCUAAUUUUCUAAUUUUUUUUUCCUUUUUUGAUAUUGUAAAGCAGAUUUUAGCAGAUUAGGAAUUUCUGGGGAAUAUUUAGAUUGCAAUAAAAAACAUGGAGUCAUUGAUCCUUUUCCGAUUAAAUGUCAUUAAUUUUCGUUCAUUGGUUUCUCAAAUACUUAGGAUGCUAAUUUACUAUGUAGUGACUUUUUUUUUUCUUUUCAGUACUCGGGAUUGUACCCAGGAGCUGCUCUACCACUGUGUUACAUUCCCAGCCCUUUUUGUUUUCAUUUUGAGACUGGGUCACACUAAAUUGGCUGGCCUUGAACUUUGGAUCCUCCUGCCUCAGCCUUCCGAGUAGCUGGCAUUAUAGGAGUACACCGCCAUGCCUAGCUAGAGGGUGUUUUUUCUAAAAGUUUUUUAAUAAUCGCCAAAGCUUAGAUCUUAAAAGUGAUUGAAUAACUGGAGAGUUCUGAUUCUUACCAUCCUGAAGGUCCGAGUAAAGCUCAGCAUUGUUGGGAGCUACAUUCAGGUUCUGUGGAAGUGCAGAAGAGGGAGGUCAGAUUUACUGUUCUGUUUAGCAUUGGUCAGACCAUUCCCUCCUGACUGCUGGUUUUCAGUGGGCCUGGCCAACCUACCAUGCAUUCUAAAAUUAGCCAUGGUCACAGGGACCUGCUCAAAGUUCUUGUACCAAUAGGGGUAACCUGGCAUAAGGACUUGUGGGGGAGGUAAAAGCAGAGGCUUUUUUUUUUUUUUUGCAUUACUAGAGAUGGAACCCUGUUGUUGUUUUGGUACUGGGAAUUGAACCCAGCUUUACCAUCCCUGUUUUUUUUUUUUUUUUUUUUUUGGAGAUAACUUCUUGCUGAAUUGCUUAGGGUCUAGCUAAAUUGCUGAGGAUGGCUUUAAAUUUGCAAUCCUCCUUCCUCAAUUGGGAUUAUAGGCAUGCACCACCUCACCUGCUGUAUUAGGGAGUCUUACAACAUGGUAUCAGCACCAGUGAAUGGAAGUUAGAGAAAUAAUUCAACUUGGUAUGAGAACUUAACUAUUAAACAAAACUAUUUGAAGAUGAAGUAGGUAGCUUUGUAAAAUAAUAAAUUUUCUGUUACUUAGGGGAUUCAGCCAGAGGCUUGGUGAUCCCUUUGCCUGCUACAUUGCAGGUUUUCACAAUUUAGCUUAACAUAAUGGCUAACCUAGGUAGCUGAGGAGUCUUUCCAUAUCUAAGGUUUUAUGCUUAUGAAAUUUGGUAUCUUAUGAAAUAUUGAACUCAUACAAAAUUCCUGAGUAUUGCUUCCAGUUCUCCAUUUUUGCAUCUAUCAUUGCCAAUUAUUGGAAAAGAAGGUUUUAUCUUUGAAUCUUAGAUUAAGACAAGUAUCUUAUAGAGUGAGGAAUCCAAAAGGAAUUCUUUUGUGACUCUAGGAACUAAUGAUACCCAUCUGAUUCUGCCACUGUUACAUUAUGAAGCUCUAAUUAGAUGUAUUAAGUGAAAAUGAUUGUGAAACAAUAAACUUCCCUCCAUAACAUUCAGAAUCUCAAAUAUUAAAGAAAGAUGGGAAUAUGACCUAUUAAGUUGUUUUGGAGAUUAAUCUUUAAAUCAGGUGCAUUUUUUCUGAAUAACAUGUAUGUGUCUGAACUUUUAGUUCUUCAUUUUUAUUCCCUGUUGCAGUCUAUUCUCUAAUGAGAAAACUGUUUUCUACAGGCCGCUUGAUUAUUUGAGCUUAGGAGGAGUUAAGACCCAAAUUUGAAUCCCAAUUCCAGUUUUAGUACAUUGAUGAAGCAAGUUACCAACUUUCCCUGAUUCAGUUUUCUCAUCAACAAAAGGGAGAAUAGAAAUGAUAUCUGCCCGGCAGGGUGAUUGUGAGGUUUGGGGAUAGCUAUCCUAUCAAAAGUUUCUAAUGUAAGAGGUGUCUAUUAUUAUUAAAUGCGUGUGGUUGUGUGUAUGUAUGUGUAUGUGUGUGUGUAUGUAUAUACACACUUUUUUUUUUUUUAAAGCAAGCUCUGGCAAGCUUUUGGUUGUUGUUAUAUGUUUUUGGCAAAAUUUUGUUUUUGUUUUUGGUACUGAGGGUUGAAUCCAGGGGUGCUUCACCACUGAUCCACAUCCCCAGCCCUUUUUAUUUUUUAUUUUAACAUAGGGUCUCGCUAAGUUGCUGAGGCUGGCUUUGAACUUGUGAUUCUUCUGCCUCAGCCUCCUAAGUCACUGGGAUUACAGGCAUACCCCACUUCACCUGGCUGCAAGUUUUAUUAAAGAAAAAUUUUUACAUGGCUUUAUCUUCACCAGUCUGUUCUGGCAGAUUUUUAAUGAUGUCCACCUGGUUUGAGGAUAGCCAAUGUGCAUAUUCUAGUACUUUUUGCAUGCUGUGCCCAAUUCAUUAUUAUUGCCACUGUAGUGGUGGACACCAGUUUUGACUAACAUGGCACAGUACUUUAUUUCAGAUUUUCUCAAAGCUGGGCAGUUGGUAAGGAUGAUCAAUUUUGCUUUGCACUGUCUGAGUCUAGUCUGCUUGUACCCCAGAGCAUACUUUCCACUUUUCAUAACAAGCUGGAACCUAGAAUUCAUCAAAUCCAGGGACUUUUUCAUCUUCUUUGUGGCCACCAUCUUCCUGCCUUAGGUGUGGGAUAGCUCCCAACCAAGAACAGCCACCAAGAUAGUCUGGGAAUGAGAAGGGAAGCUACGUCUUUAUUUUUAAAUGUAUUUAUGUAGUCAUAAAACUUGCCUGAGAUGUAAAUAUAUGACUUACUAUACAGGUUUCCUGUUUUGUCAGGUUGUCUAGAUCCUGUUAUGGAUUUAAGAUUAUAGAAAGUAUCCUCCAUCAAAAUUGAGGUUAUGUAUGGGAGAAGUAUUAUGUCUUUAACAAGUUUCCAGUUAAUACUUUAUUCUAUAAAUAGGAACACAGUAUGCAAAGUAUGGGCUUAUUUUAUAUAUUCAUAUAAUGUAAGCUACCUUUAAUUCAUCCUCUCUCAUCUGGGAUCUCAGACUUUAAGAAAACUCAGAUAAUAAGUUUAUUUUUUCUGCAAGCUAUUUUUAAUAUAUUUCCUUUGCCUAACUCCUUGUCAACUAAAACACUUUAAUUUCUUAGCUAGUGAAAUUACACCAGCUCAGCAAUGUGGCAUUAUCCCUUCUGUGUAUCUUAUUCAUAGAUUAGAAAAAUGACCAUAAUUCAAUUACGACUAAAUGCAAUUUAGCAGAAUAACUAUUUUAAAAUAUCAGAUCUAUAAGGAAAAACAAUGGAAAGACCUUGUAAGAAGUGAAAGAUUGCUGAAAACCUAUCUACAGGUGUGUGAUAAGUCUUUAAGAAAUGGGAAAAGACAGACUAUUGCCUAACAGGGAUUAGAAAAAGAGAUAUAAAACAAAUGAGGGAAGCCAGAUUUGGUGGUACAUGCCUGUAAUGCCAGCUACUCAGAGGCCUCUAAGUCAGGAUGAUAAGUACAAGGCCAGCCUGAGCAAUUUAGUGAGAACUCGUCUUAAAAUUUUAAAAAAGGGCUGGAGAUAACCCCUGGAAUCAAUCCGCAGUACUGGAAAAAAAAAAAGAAUGAGUAUCCAACUCAGGACUACUUUGCUAGACUUGUUUAUCUUCCUGCUUUUGAAACACUGGAAUUUUCCCUCUAGCAGAAGCAGCUUCCAAAUAUUUCUUGGGUAAUGGUGCCCCCUUCUGGGAUAACUGAUGUGACUCUGAAACCCUUUGUAUAGCUUGAUUCAGAAUAUCUACUAAGUAAUUGAUUUAAGAAACAUAACUCCCUCCAAAGGUUAAAUAUUUUAAAACUAUAAUGAUUUGAAUUAGGAGUUAAAUUCAUACAUAAAUAUACAUGUUCUAAAUUGCUCAAAGAGGCCUCCUUUCCAAUGCUUCAAAACCUUAAGCUAGAGUACUUUUUUACUUCAUUUCUGUAGUACUGUUUGUAUUAGCAAAUCCUCCCAAUUUCUUGCACUGUCAGAAUUACUGUUCUCACUUUAUUAACACGUUUUUAAAGUUGAGUUGGCUAAGAUUACAUGGCUUGCAAUGGGAGAGAUAUUCUCUUCCCUUACUUUCUUUGUGCUUCUCCUUAGAACCAUCUGCAUUCUCUAUCCCCAAAG